UUAAGGUAAAUGCAAUUGCAUGGUGUUAGUUCUUCAUGUCUCCCUGGAUCUCCAUCCCCAAGGGAGAUUGUUGAACAUAAACAUGUUCAAUAAACUAUUUGAGUGAAUGACAGCAAUUUACAAGAUGGUUAGAGAAGUCUUACAUCUCCUUUCUAUUUGAUUUUGGGCAAAUGACUUAAUUGCUAGAGGGCCUCUGUUGUUUUGACUGAACUAUGCAUAAGCAGCACCCCCACUGCAACGCAGCUACUGAGAACCAGAAGGCAAUUGAGAGUGAGGGCCUUGCAUGUGCACAGUCCAGGACAGUUAGGUGGGUUCACCAUACUGACAUGGGUUCAUCCAUACUGACUUUCCGAUCCUUUCUGUUUUCUCACUGCCCUACCCCAAACCUCCAUUCCUAUAGUCCAGUCCUCACUAUUGUCUAUAACAAUAGUGGUGAAGUUACUGGGAAUAAAUGAUAGUGAGGAAAUAUAGUUACAGUAAUAGAAGCUGAAAGCAGAGGAUGUACAGGGUGAGACUGAAAUUGAAAUUUGUUGACAGCCCAGGAAUUCUGUUGUGUGCAUCUUAGUUUAGACUGUUGUGGAGUUGGGGGUCAGAGAAAAUGACCCCCAAUCUUGUUAGUAAGUUGCUUCUCUGUGUUUCCCUCACUGCCAAGCCAUGUUUCACCCAGCUUAUUUGUUACCUCAGGACUUUGCAACUUCCUCUUCCCAGAAUUGGCUGAGUCAGUGGGAAGACAAACAUAUGCUAGUUUGGUUUCACUCUUCUAUUCUUCAGAAUUCUGUAAUGAAAUGAGAUCCACACUCAUGACUGGCCAACAGCACACUGAGGACUUGGACAGAAAUCAGUGGAUGUAUAAGUCCUCUCCUAGUAUCUACUGCUUUGUAUGAGUGAAGCAGAGGUGGAUUUCAAGUGAAGAGACCGGAGCACAGUAGGAGACAAUUUCUAAGCAACAGUGAGCACAUCAACCAGACACAGAAGAACAGUUCCUUUGUUUGCUCACAAUCAUGGGUCAGGAGCUUUCUCAUGAAUUUAAUUGUGGAGAACAACAAGAUUGGGACUCCAGAUUUACUGCAUAUUUUAAGAACUUGAAGAUAGGAAACAAAAUCAUCUCUCAGGAAAUCAUCCAUUCAAUCAAAUUACAACUGACCAAAGGAAACAUUCAGGGGGUAAACUCUGCAAUAAAUGAUGCAUUACAAGAAAUUGAUAACACUCCAUUUAAUGUGGCUGUGAUAGGGUUGUCUGGAGCAGGGAAGUCCUGUUUCAUCAAUGCCCUGAGAAGGGUUGAACCUGAAGAAAAAGAUGCAGCUCCCUUUGGGGUGCUAGAGAUCACCAAGCACAGAAUGCCAUGCAAACACCCAAAGAAUUCCAAGGUGAUUUUAUGGGAACUGCCUGCCAUGGAAACCACUAAUUUACAUGCAAAUGAUUAUCUUGAGAAAGUAAAAUUCAAUGACUAUGACUUCUUCAUUAUCAUUUCUGGUACACGCUUCACGCAACAUGAUUUAGAUCUUGCCAAAGAGAUCAGAAAAAUGAAGAAGGAUUUCUACUAUGUGAAAACCAAGGUAGACUCUGACUUAAAAAAUGAAGAGAAAAUUCAUCCAACUGCCUUUGAAAAAGAAAAAUUCCUUCAGCAGAUCCGAUACCAUUUUGCACAGAGUUUUAAACAGAAUAAUAUUGAUGAACCACAAAUUUUCUUGAUCUCUAACAACAAUUUAUCUGAGUAUGACUUACAAAUCCUGAACAACGUCUUAUCUAAGGAGCUCCCUGCUCAAAAGCACAACAAUUUCAUGCUUUCUCUGCUCAAUAUUGCUGAGGCAGCCAUUGAAAGAAAGCGAGAGUCUCUGAAACACUUAAUCAGGUUAGAAGCCUUGAAGGUAACAUUACUGCCUUACACACCUAAUGUCCUUGAGAAAAGCGAUGUGGAGAAGCUGAAGGAAAGCUUAUAUGAAUAUCAAGACAUCUUUGGAGUGGAUGAUGCAUCCUUACAGAAUCUGGCUAAGGACUGGCAAAUUCCUAUGGAACAACUCAAGGAAAUCAUUAAAUCUCCAAGUCUGUUGAAAACUAAGAAAGAAGAAACAAUACAAGAAAAACUUUGGGAAUAUUGGCAGAUGGUCUGUUCAGAUAAUGGAAAUCUCCUUACUAUGAAUUUUUACAUUAGAAUAAUCUUUUGCUUGCAAAUUUAUUUCCUUGACACAGUGACUAAUGAUGCUAAAGUUCUCCUCAAAGAGAUAUAUUCAAGAAAGAGGUUGAUUAUUAAUUAG